UCUCUCCUUCUAUAUAGCUAAGCUCAUAACUAUGGUGGUGGUGCUGGUGAUGGUUAUGGUAAUGUUCCAGCUAUCCCAUGCGACUAUUUAUAAGGUUGGGGAUUCAGUUGGAUGGACCAUUACUGGCAAUGUUGAUUAUAAACAGUGGGCUGCUACUAAGAAUUUUCAAGUUGGUGAUAUUAUUAUUUUCGAAUACGAUUCGAGACUUCAUGAUGUGAAUCGAGUGAAUCAUGCCAUGUAUAGAGCUUGUAAUAUCUCAGCUCCUUUCGCAACCUUUACUACGGGCAACGAUUUGAUAAAUAUCACCACCCGUGGCCACCACUACUUCUUAUGUGGUGUUCCUGGUCAUUGCCAACUUGGACUGAAAGUUGACAUCAAUGUCAUUCCAACUUCUGAGAUGUCUCAACCUUCUUCUUUUAAGCCUCCUUCUUCAUACAUUCCUGCGUUAUCUUCUCUUGCACCGUCACCCAAUAAUGCUGACUCUUUUAAGGGUAAACUAGUUGAUCUUACUACUCUCAUUAUCUCGUACUUUGUGUAUUCCAUCUAA